AUGGCGAACCCAGAGCUAGCAAUAGCGAAGGCCUCCUUUAGCGCCAUACUCUUCCGCAAAGAACCCGUCUCGCUCAUUCGCUCUGAGAUCGACACCUUUCAUGCUCUCCUCCACGACGCGAUAAACCAAUGCUCGCCCGCCAACGUUCAGAAAUGCAAACGUUGGAUUCUGAAAAACUUGGUCCCCUCGCCUCCGCGCGUCGCCGCCCUCGGUAAAUACCUGUCCGCCCUCUCCAACUCUCUCCCCGACGAGGCCAAGACGAAACCCUCCACCCGCCGACGACGCCUACACAUUCUCUACAUCCUUAAUGACGUGCUCUACCAUGCCGUCGUCCGCCACCAAGUUGCACGUAUCGCAACCGAUUUGGAAGCCAGCCUAACGACUCUCCUCCAUGGCGCUGCAAAAUUCCGAAACUGCCCGAAGCAAACGCGGAAGGUGGAAGACCUGCUCGCGCUCUGGGAAAAACACAACUACUUCUCAGCAGCCACUAUCGACGGCCUCCGCGAAGCCGUGAAAGAGGCUCCCAACGGCGAGAAGGUGUCCAAGGCUAUGACACAAGAUCAAGCGGGCUCGAAUCUCGGUUCCAAGCUCCCCAAAGAUGCGCCUUAUAUGAUCCCCUCAAUUCAUGGCGACCCCAAUACACCCUGGUUCGACCUGCCCGCUGCCAACUGGCUGCCGCACCUCACGCCGAAUUCGACCAAACCCAUGAAUCCCGAUAUGAUUAAGCCACUGCAGCUCGCUCCGGGGCCAGCCGACAAGGUUCUCGCAAACGCUGUCAAGAAUCUGCUCGUUGACGUUGAAAGGCUUUACAGCAAACAUGUCCCGCCGCAGGCUGCAGACUCGCAGCAGCACAUGGACGUCAGCGAAAUGGGAGAGCGCAUCGUGCUCGAUGAGAUUACAGGUGAGAUCGUGGACGGAGAGACGUACUAUGGCUGGUCGCGUAGGUUCUGCGAACAGAUGAAGCAGCGAAGGAAGAAGGCCACAAAAGGCGACGAUGGCCGCGGGCGGGGCCGAUCAUAUUCGCGGAGCCGCUCAUACAGCUACUCUCCUGGGCGGUCCAGCGGAAGCGACUCUGUGCCUGCCUUUAAGCGGCGCAAGCUUUCACCAGAUUUGCAGAGUCCCAGCCGCAGCCGUUCUCGGCGACGGAGUGUGCAACACGAUCGGUACGACUCUCGAUACACUCCAUCUCGGUCCAGGUCCAGGUCAAGCUCUCGUAGACGCUACAAAUCGAGAUCAAGGUCCCGCGAUCGACGUCCGAGAAGAGACGAGAGCCGCACAAGCAAGUCACCUCCGCCAAACCACAACCGACACAAUCCAGAGUUCAGACCAGGAUAUUAUGACCGGGGUUCAUCGCACAACCAACAACCGCCUCCUCCCACCUAUCACAAUUCGCCGGCCUUCCCGCCGUACCCUCCGCCACUCCCGUUGGCCAGCGGCCUUAGUCCCUUUCCACCGCCUCCUCCUCAAGGUUACCAGGGACAAUGGCCUCCGCCGCCUCCGCCGCCGCCGCCGCCGCCGCCGCUACCUCCGCAUAUGGGCAAUUCUCUACUUCCACACAGCUGGUCUUCCCCGCCGGGGUCGGGCGUACCUCCAUCACACACGAGUGGAUGGGCUCCUCCACCGCCGCCGCCGCCGCCGCAGCAGCAGCAGCACCAGUCUCAACAGUUCGGACGCGGCAACGGUGGAUACCGGGGCCGUGGGGAGAGGGGAGGCUACGAUCGAGGCAGGAAUGGAUGGUAG